AUGGGAAACGUUCCGGGAAAAGAACAGCAGGUGCGCAACGCACGGUCCGUUUCUGAGGACUACCACCGCGAAGGCCAGGUCAGAUCCAAGAGGCCCUCUGCGCCUCGAGAAAAAAAGCGGGAGCCAAGAGUCUUUGUAGACCCCAAUGAACAAGUGGAUGGUGGCUAUCUGGUGCCUCAGGGAGUCUACACCGGACCACAGGAUUUCGACAUUCUUGUUGUCAAGAGCCUGAUGACUAGUCGCAAGCUUGCACCGUUUUUCAAGGGUCUACAGGACUAUGAGGAGGAAUGGACUGAUCAUCAACUUAUGGCUGCCAUUAGGGGCUUUCCUAUCCCCAGUGCAGCAUCAGAAUCGCCUACAACCGAAUCUACAGACACAAAAGACGCUUCAGCUUCCACCUCAACCCCUCACGCAAUUUCCACACCUUCACAUCUGUCGCCACCUACAGCUCCUCCUCAGGUGGCCAUCUCGCCUCCCCGACACACUUUGUCAUCGAACAACCCGUUCAGAGACCCGUUGGAGCAUAUGUCGCAUCUGAGAAUCGAUCUGGACAACACCACGUUUUCCCAGAGCGCCCCAACACCGUCGUGGAUGCGUUCCGGAGAACCCGAUCAGGAGGACGGGGACGAACUCAUAAACCCAGGCAUUCUACAGUCCCCACCAAGCAGGGAGGCUCCCAAGCCACCACCCUCACGACAACGGGCCAAAACGCUCACCAACAAAGAGCCCCCGCUUAUGGUCAAAAUCUACAGAGACCCCAUCGAGUGUCCCAUUUGUUUUCUGUACUACCCAAACUCGCUCAACAUGACCCGAUGCUGUGCCCAGCCCAUUUGCUCCGAGUGUUUUGUGCAAAUGAAGCGAGCUGAACCUCAUCCUCGACAUGACGAGCCUGAACCUGACACGUUGCUGGGACAGCUGGAUCUCAUCUCCGAGCCCACAGCCUGUCCCUACUGUGCUAUGUCCGACUUUGGAGUAGUGUAUUCGCCUCGACACGGCCCCGGAGCCAAGGCUGCAGGAGCCAACAGUGCUGAUGCCGCUGCAGCCAAAGGGAACGGUGACGAGUCUGCUAUUGAUGAUUCGGGAGACUCAUCAGACGGCAUUGACACCACCAACAUGGACGAUGUGGCUGACAAGCUAAUGCACAUGUCCGGUGCAAAGCGUCGAUCGUCCAUCAGUGUCACCAACCCCAACGUCGUGACCGUUGAUCGUGUGCGACCCGACUGGUCAAAGACGCUGGCUGCUGCUCGAGCUAGAGCUGCACGAAAGGCUGCUACUGCCAACGCUCUUCAUGCCACGGCUUUUGUGGAAGGAGGCAAUGGGGAGGUGGCUGGAUCAUCUAGAUCAUCGCGACGAACCCGCCAAAACCACGAACAACGGCAGGCUGCCCGUGCUCAGGAGUUGGAGCAGAUCAUGCUCUCAGAGGCUAUGCGUCUAAGUAUGCUGGAGAGCCAAGAGGCGGAAGAGAAGCGCUCCAGGGAGCAGGAGAGCAAGUAG